AUGCUUCUUGACAUAAUAUUACUUUUAAGUUCUUCUAUCUUUGCUCUUCUCUUUCAAGUUGACGAACUGGGAGAAUCGAUACAUGAUUGUGCCAAAUUGUUUAUAUUAGGAACACUAAUUACGGAAUUCCCAUGGAUGCUGGUAGGAAUAAUCACUUUUUUAUGGAUUAAGGAGGGUUUUAAAACUAAGGAUGCUCAUUAACAAGAAAAACAUCAAGCAAACCCCGCAGUUAUUAUACAUCAUGCGAGGGAAGGAGCGACUGCCACCUCUGCAGAUUAUGUACAACCUGUCAUUGAGGCUGUAUAAAUCUUUGACUAUGUUACUGGAGAAAGCCAAUAUGCUAUCAUACAGAAAACUGAGAAGAGCUUAUUGACUCAAUUAGGAGUUACGUUGAAGAAUACAAUAUUGUUGGAGAAGGGCAGACCACAGGAUGCAAGUUGUAAUUCCAAGUUAAUCUCGCAUAUUGAUCAAUAAAAGAGAGCCAAUAAUUAGAAUAUAUCCAUUAUUUAUGAGGACAACAGCGAGUAUUAACAAAACCAGGUUAAACCUCAUGUUUCCAUUCCAUUCAAAAUUGGGGACUUUGACAAAUAGAUGGGGGAAAUAAUAUAGGCAGAAAUAUUGUCAGGGGAAUAUUCGGUUGAGAACAAAGUAGUUCAUACAAAAUUAAAGUAUGAAUAGGCUUUGAUUUCAAUUUUAAUAAGUAUCAAUCAAAAUAUAACAAUUAAGUCUCGGUCAUUCCACAAGUUGAAGCUUUGAUUUUCAGGUUUUUUAACUCAAUUCUAUUCGGAGUAGUCCUUCACUCAGCAGUGCAAAGAAAAAAUUUACUCACGUUUUCUCAUUUAAUAUACUUGAUUAUUCUAUUAACAAGUUGUGUAGUUGCCUAUAUAUUUGGAUAUUAUUAUCAAUCUAUUAAUAUUAGACAAUUCCUUUUGGGAUGUCUAUUAUGGUCAUUUCAACAUGUCAACCCAAACUUAUGUUUAUUAGUAUUUCCUAUACCAACACUACUGUUUUUUGCAGGCUUAUGA